AUGGCGACCAACAUCACCUUCCACCCGGGCCACGUCUCGUACGAGGAGCGAUCGAGCCUCCUCUCGCAGCGCGGCCUGACGCUGUGGCUGACUGGCCUUUCGGCGUCUGGCAAGUCGACGAUUGCCACGGCCCUCGAGCAGCACCUGCUGCACCUCAAGAAGUCGGCCUACCGCCUCGACGGCGACAACAUCCGCUUCGGCCUCAACAAGGACCUCGGCUUCUCGCCAAAGGACCGCGAGGAAAACAUCCGCCGCAUCGCCGAGGUCUCGACCCUCUUCGCCUCGUCCACCACCAUCACCAUCACCAGCUUCAUCUCGCCCUACAAGGCCGACCGCCAGGUGGCACGCGACCUCCAUGCCGCACACAGCCCCGCCCUCCCCUUUAUCGAGGUGUUUGUCGACGCCAGCAUCGAGGAGUGCGAAAAGAGGGAUCCCAAGGGCCUCUACAAGAAGGCAAAGGCCGGCGAGAUUAAGGAGUUCACCGGCAUCUCGGCACCCUACGAGGCUCCCGAGAAGCCCGAAAUUCACAUCGACGCCGACAAGACCUCGGUCGAGGAUGCCGUCCGCAUCAUUACCGAGUACCUCCUCGAGCACAAGUACAUCUAG